AUGAAACGCAAGGCAUUCGAUGAAACCGUGCUUGCCACGUGCCAGGACUUUGCCACCUUGGAGGAUGACGAAGAUGUAAACGAUCCUAGCAAGUUAGUCAUUGUUGCGGCAACAGGCCAUGUCUUUUGUUUUCCCGCCAAGGAGUUCUUUGUACAUCAGGGGAGAGAACUGUACCACGGAUGUACACCAGACACGCGGGACAUGGACCUCGUCAAGAUCUACAUUGGUGGCGGGGUGGGUCUCAUCCACUUGACUGAUUUCCAUGAAAUGAAGCGAAUGUUUUAUUCCGAGGGCAGACGCAUCUUUCACCUGAAGCAGGAGCGGGUGCUGCCGAAAACGUUUUCUGAUACGGCUCAGUACAAUAUGGUGGGCGCCAAUCAUUGCAAUGCGGGGUCGACAAUGACCGUGUACGCCGUGAGCACGUGCGUGGGUCGCAAGUGCAAGUACCAAAAGUCGAGCAGGUUCAUUAUGGGGUCAAAUACACAUAAGAGAGCGUUGAUGAGAGGCAUCAAGAAGAAACCCUUGGUGGUGGAGUUUUCGGACCAGAUAGACUUAGCGUGGCUACUACCAGCGAAAGACACUAUCGCGGUGUUGAAUCUGCGACAGGCGCCAAGUGUAGACUCUCUCCAUCUGCUGCCGCGCUUCAAGGCGCUCAGGGUGCUGUAUCUGUGGAACGAUGGAAACGUUCCAAUUACGCUGCCCGAGGGCAUAGAGGUGCUGGAAACAUUUCACCCUGAGAGUGUGACGAACCUUGCUGCGCUGGGGAAGGUAGUUGUGACCUACCUGAGCGACGUUGUACCGGAAUUGCCGGUGGGACUACCGCGAACAAUCAAAUUUUAUGAUCUGCUGCCCGAUAUGACAUGA